CUGAAGGAAAUGAGACAACCUUUUCCUCCCACAGACUCAGUCUCCUUUAGAGUGUGCAGGGCUCGGGAAGUCUCGAGGCCAGGUUCACGCUUUCCCUGCUCAGCCCUGACCAGGAGGGUCUCCCCAAAUUGUUCUCGGGUGCACGGGUGCUCCAGCCACAGGGCACAGCCCCACUUUGCCGCACCCCUCCCUGGGUGAUCUGAUCUACUCCAGGCCCCGCUCGGGCUCCGGAAGUGUGCGCCUGUGAUCCCAGAGAAGAACACUCAUAAACGAAGCUGGUGACAGAUUGCCUCUGUCCUGGGAUGAAGAGAGAGGCUUCCUGAGCUGCAGGAGCAGGCUGUGGGAACAGACGUGUCCGAAUUUACUGGGAUUUAGCGUCCACACGGAGCUGCGAGAAGAGAGGGAGGGGGCCACGCUCUUCCAGAAGUGUCCAGCUCUCCUCCUGAUGCCAUAUGAGGCUGCCCCUCAACCCCAGCGCAGAGCCAGUGGCGGCGGAGCCCUCGGAGAUGACUUUGCUCAGCAGUGUCCUGGCGGCCUGUUCCUAUAUCUCAGAAAACCCUGAGAGAGCCGCUCUGUACUUCAUCUCUGGCGUGUGCAUCGGCUUGUUCCUCACUUUGGCCGCCUUGGUGGUGAGGAUCUCCUGCCACACUGACUGCAGGAGGGGUCCCCGGAGGAGGUGCUUGCAGGACCACGAGAGCAGCAGUGACAGCAGCGACAGUGAGGAUGGCAGCGAGGACACAGCCUCGGACCUGUCGGUGCGCAGACACCGCCGCUUUGAGAGGACUUUGAACAAGAAUGUGUUCACCUCUGCAGAGGAGCUGGAGCGCGCGCAGCGGUUGGAGGAGCGCGAGCGCAUCAUCAGGGAAAUCUGGAUGAACGGGCAGCCUGAGGUGCCUGGCACCCGGAGCCUAAACCGCUACUACUAGGGCACAGUGUGAACCCCAGAACAUCUGAAGGCCGCCAGGAAAAGAGUGGGUUCUGUAGGCAGGGACGGUGUGCACAACGGAGACCAACUCUGCUAAUGGGUCUGGAGAGAAGCACAGGGCCAGCGUGUUUUCCCAAGGGCAUGAGGGGUUGCUUUAGACCUCCGGAGAAAUAAACAACCCAUGCAGCGGCAUCUGCCUUUCCAGGUCUUGACACCCACGUGGGCACACUGGCCCAACCUUUCCAGGUCUUGGAAUGGUGCUGAGAUUUCCUCUCCAGCCACGUGACAGUGACAGUGACGUGACAAGCUGAAAGAAUGAAUGGUCCUUACUUUCUGAGGCCCUCAGGAGUUUGCGAAGACUUAACCACUGUGUUACUCCUUUACAAAAGGAAAAAUUCUCAUAGCUGGAGAGCUGGGGGUAUCAGGGUGAACUUAACCCAGAAAAUUCAAUUUUCUAAAGGAUUCCGUGCAGUGGAAGCCAUUUUAAUUGAGAUAGCAUGAUCUAUGCUAAUUAUUUAAAGCUAAUUUUUAGAACAAAAAAAAAUCUUGGCAACCUCUGCAUUUUAACUGACACCUCAGGGAUUAAAAUCCUAUUUUUUAGUCUAGUCACCACCUCAUUCAUGGAAAUGAAUAGAAUUUACUGUAUUAUGAGAUGUAUUGCUGACUUAGGAGAUACAUACAUCAAUAACCUCAAAGGAUAAAUGGGUUUAUUUUUAGUAGUUUAUAAAUAUAUAUUGACAUGUGUAUUUGAAAAUGCUGCAUAAAAAUAGAAGCCCUGUGUCCUUCCAUUUUGGAGAGAGAAAAGUCUCUCAUGUCUUCAGAGACUCAGUAAUAUUUAAAUAAUAUUUUGUUUGAAAAUAACAGUUGGAAUUUCCAAGAAAAGAAUGGAAACCAGAGGUGAGGAUUAAAGCCAAAAUUAAACGAUAUCUAAAACAAA